AUGGCCUACAGGUCUCCAGGCAGCUCUCCCAGCGAAGCUGAAGACACACUCUCGAGCAGCAACGUGUCCCCGUCUUCUACAACUUCCCCACUAGCCAUGAUACCAGCCAGCGUCGACGGAUCUGACUCACCGUCCUCUCGCAGCAACAAGGGGACACCAAACAGAAUACCUCUAGAUCUACCCCGCACUCAGACAGCUAGCAAAGGAGGUUGCUGGACAUGUAGAUUGCGCCGCAAGAAAUGCGACGAACAACGCGAAGGAGACUCGUGCCGUACAUGUAUCCGACUCAAAAUAAAGUGCCUAGGAUGGGGAUCGAAGCGUCCUGACUGGAUGAGGGACAAGCAAGAAGUCGAACGGUAUAAAGCCGACAUUAAAGCGCAGCUCACUCGCGCAGGUCUCAUUCGCGGACAACCACGAACGAACCCCAUCAGUACACCAGCGAACUUGCCUUCAACGGCCUCGUCCUCGUCCAUGAGCUCAGGUUACCGCCAUACGGCUGAUCCAGGUCCAUCAUCAUCUUCACAUCCACGCGAGUACCACCAUCACCCCUCGAACAGCCUCGAUUUUGGCUAUCACCCUCUCGGACAGCCUCAGCCUCCCCACCCCAACAGCAGGCAGUCCCGCCUGUACCAUACAAGUGCACCACAACACAGCCAUUACAUGCCCGAAAUGCCCGGUAAGCCUCUUAUCUCGUCAUCGUUGGCUGCAUCAAAACGUCUUUCGAAUUCGAUAUUCGGGGACUUGCCGCCUGCUUCAUUCGAUCCCACUCUCGCUCCCACAAUGGACCCGACAUCAUCAAAUUUCUUUUCGGCCCAUGAUUUCGGUCAACCAUCGACCUCACCAUCCUCUGCCCCUGGGAGCAGCAGCGCCACUCCGGCAUUGGGUCUUGGAGGAACAACGAGCCAGUAUCCCCUUGAGUUCGGCAUCGUCGAGUCGUCGUCGACAGGGUUCGGGCAAUCGUUCGGUUUACCCACCCCCAAUCCUACUCCCAUCUUCCCCGAUCAAUCAUCCCAACAACAAACGAACCUUCAAGGAGAUCUCGUAAUGUAUUACUUUGAAAACGUUCGCAAGGUACAAUACAUCUUCGCUGGAAAUUCAGUAACCAAUGUGACCUAUUCCUUAAUACUACAAGAACCACGCGGGGCGGUGACAAAUGCCGUGUGUGCUCUCGCGAGCCUCCAUCACACGGCGAUGCGGGUGGCCCAGGGGCUCGAACCUCCCGAUCCGAAUCCGGAAUUCUCUACGGCAAGAUACUUCCACGACGAAGCUUACCUCCAACUCGUCAAUUCGAAGGCCAUGCGAGGACACUACAACGAGGCUGAUGCCAUCGCAGCUCUCCAUCUCGUCAGCUUCUCCCUGUUCUCCGGAGGCGCCACCAACUGGCGGCAGGUUCUGUCGGUUGCCUAUGAAUGGGUUGCUCAGCUGGGACUCCCUGCUGAUGAGAACGCGCAGCCCAAGCUGAUGGGAAUGCGGCCGAUCGAACAAGUGAUCGUUAAGACGACCAUGUGGUUUGAUAUAUUCUCAAGCGUCUCGUUUUCGCCGCCGCCUAGGUUCCUCGGCCUGUGGAAAUACCUAUUGACUCCGGGUUACUGGCCAAGUCAUCUGCCAGGAGAUGACCUCACUAGUCCGACUGUACAUUCGUCAUCGUCACCCAUACAUAUGGAAGCCCUCAUGGGAUGUCCGGAUGAUGCUGUACUUGCCAUCGGGGAGAUAUCAGCCUUGGCCCAUUGGAAAGAGAACGAACUGCGCAAAGGCACACUAAGCAUUCGUGAGCUCCUGAGGAGAGGUGACCUUAUCGAGGCGGCACUCCGUCAAAACCACGGUGAUAUUUUCAACUCACCUGGAUCCCCCCUCCACCCCAACCUCGCCCAGAGUGCAUCCAACGGCAAUGGCGAACUAUCAAGCACUCCGCAGCCUGCUUUCCCCACGGAUGACAUGCGCCGCGUGAUAGCAAGCAUCUUCAGAGAGUCAGCUGUUCUUUAUCUUCAAACCGUCCUCAACGGAUGUAACCCAGGGGUUAUCGAAAUCUCUCAAAGUGUCGACCAACUUGUUCACUUGCUGCAACAACUGCCUCGAUCGGAGCUCGACCGUUCGCUUGUAUUCCCCAUUUGCAUCGCCGGAUGCAUGACGGACAGCUCUCCUCAGCGAGAGUUCAUAAAGGGACGGCUCCAAGCGCAGGACGAGGGUUGGGGAAAUAUUAGGCAGACGCGUGCUUUGAUGGAAUUAGUAUGGCGAAAACGAGACGUUGAAGGAUCCGCUGAUUGGCGGCAAAUGCUCUGGGAAAGACCGAUGCCGCUUCUCUUGGUGUAA